AUGAAAAUCCUCUGUUUUAGAGUUAUUGCCAUCGUUAUAGGUCUUUAUUUUACUGGAACGAUGACAAAUCCAUCAAGAAAAAGCAGUAUUUUAUUCAAUUGUGAGUGCCAAUAGUAUCUUCUGACAAAUUGUUCUUUUACCGGAAAGCAUGACAUACCUGUGGACAUGUCACAGAUAGCAGCCACAGUGGAUGCAAGUCUCAGUUUCUUUAGAGUUCUCUUACAGUCUCACACGAAGGAAGAAUGGAAAAUAAAACAUCUGGACCUCAGUAACCAUCUCAUAUCGAAAAUAACCUUAAGCCCGCAGGCGUAUUUGCGCACUUUGGAAGUACUAAACCUCAGCGACAAUGCCAUCCACUCCAUCUCGUUGGAUCUGCCCGGGCAGCGGACGGGCAGGAAGCCUAGGAAACAUCCAGAAUCCCGGGCCUGCGAGCAGCAGACCGGCCCUGACAGCCACGUGUCAAUGUGCCCGGAGCCGCAGGCUCGCAGGCUGACAGGACUCACAGGAGCUUCUAAGAAUCCCUGUCGCCCGGGGCGGCUCCGACGGGACGUGCGCGCCGCGGACCGGGAGGAGGACGCUGCCGGGAGCCUCGCCCUGGCCAUCUGCCUGUCGGUGGUCGCCACGUUCCCCGCGGCUUUCUGCCUGGGGGCUUCCUCGCGGCCCUGUCUGGACGGACUGUGGGCCCAGGGUCGCUGCCGCAGGCGCCCCGCGCCAGGCCCGCACGCGGCCGCCGUUCCUGGUGGGGCUCCGGGCGGGGGCGGCGCGGAGACGGGCAGCUGGGGACACAGCGGGGGCGACACCCGGGCAGGAAGCGCGGGUGACAACGCGCCUCCCGGGAACGGGAACGGCGCGGCCCGCUCGCUGCCCCGCCCACGUCCCCACACCGGGGACCGUGAACCAGCUUCGGCGGCGCAGGGCCACAUCUACAGGAAUGAUUUUCGUGGGGAAUUGGACUACGACGCUGUGGCCCGAGAACAGCCUCUCGGGGAGCCUCCAGGGGGUGUCUCGCCGGUGGCUGGCACGUCUCCAGAUGUCUUGGGCUCCGGCCCCAGGGACGCCGACUGCGACCCCUCACUCUCAAGGACAGUGGCAGCUGCUGGCUGGGGAAUGCGAACACAUCUAAAAGCACAGAGGCCAGGAGAGAGCAAGGAGAGAGGGGACACCGAGCAGUCACCUCGGGGAAGUGCCAGCUGGCCGAUGGGGUUUUCCAAGGAGACACCGGGGAGCGCUCCCCAUGAUUUGCGGGGCGCAGCGCAGCAAGGGCUGGAGGAAGAGCUUCCAGCCUCCUGCAGAGCGGUCACCCGCAGCGACCCGGGGCACAGCGACCCACUGGCCCUUCCUCCAACCUGGGGCAGCGGCCUGGAUGUCACUCCUGCUAACCAGGAGCCAGUGCACAAACCUGCUCCUUCCGACACUCGGCCCGAGCUGGAGAGCGACGACGAAGGCUCCUUGUUCACUCUGAGUUCAGCGAGUUCAGAGGGUGCGAGGGACGGGACUGAAGGCCAGGCGCUCGGCGAGGACAGCUGUGAGGCCAGGGAGCCCCUGCAGGACCAGAGCUCAGGGGCAAGCAGGGACAACGUGAUGUCACUAGCGAGUCUUGGGGACAAUAUCACCUCCCAAAAUAUUCUAGGGAGAUGUGAGAAUCAGGAAGAUCAGUUUGAAAAACCUCCUGUUUCUGGUCCAGACUCUGGUUUGUGCAAGACUCAUCUGGAAAAUGCCUCUGACAUCAAUAAAUUUGAAGAUCCAUCACCCUUGCCCAGAUCACUGGAGAUCAGUCCUAUAGGGGAUGCGAUUCCGGGCAUGUAUGUUUAUGACUAUGACAUAGUGCCUCAAUCCCAGGAAACAAAAUGGCUUUACUCUCUUAAAGACUUAGAAUUUUCAAAUGUGAACAUCGUGCCACAGAUGCCACCGCACUCUGCAGACGUUCGCUCAGAUCCUGGUAAGGACACCCGCUAUGAAAGAGACUCAGACGUCUGUACAAAAAGACCUUUCGUGCAAGGAGUAGACACAGCCCAAAGAGAGAUUCCUUUCGAGGUCACUACAGGGGAAAACGUAAGACCUUCACAACAAGAUCCUGAAGGAGAUGACACGAAUUCCAACGGGAUGGAAACUGAUGCAGAUGAUGGGUUUGUAUGUCCACUUGAGGACUGA